AUGGCGGCCUCUUGCUCUCACUGGAUCUGGUCCUCAAACCACGAAACGCCCGUCAUCGCGAAGUCAAACCGGCUGGAACGGUUGACCUCGUCGCUCCCCCAAGACGAGCCGGCACCGAGUCUCAUUCUGAUGGUAGGCUGCCGUCAGCGCCCACCUACCUGUCGUGGACCACGACCACGGCCGGGACGUGUAUGCCUCGACUUGUGUGAGGAACGCGAGGUCCCUCUCCUACUCGGGACGGCAACGCUUCGAGAACAGCCCGCGAUCCAGAUCUCGUGCUGCCGCCCGGCUCGAGAGGCCUAUCCUGCCGCGUGUACGUCGUCGGCCCAAGCCAAUACUAUUCUAUACUCCCAGCUGCUUCAUCCCUUUGCCGAUAUUUUUUGUUUCUAUGCCUACGAUCCGGAAGACCUAGAAAUGAUCUCCCAGCAAAUAACCGCCUGGUUCUGGGAGGCCCCCCCCUCGUCACGUUGCGGCUACCCCCCGCAGGUCUUGAUCGUGCUUGCCGGGUCUCGCUGGAAGCAGCGUGACGUGGACACGGCCGCGGAAACCUUCGACGACCUGGUGGACGAAACCGCGGCUCCAGCACGAGACGCCCAUCUCCCCAAGGUAUCUUUCCUACGACUACGCCGUGCGCGUCGCUUCAGCGCUGUCCUCCCAUCGUUGGAAUCCCGUGCACAGGCUGUCCGCCAAAACCGUCAACAAGCCCGGGCCCUGUUUUCGGUGCGGCAUUUCAACGCGUUGUUCAACCGCGCUUUCAACAGGGUAGGCAGCUCUCUCGACUUCUCUUUCGACUGUCUUCGGGCGGCAAGGCAAGACUUGCCUGUCGCGCCCGACAUGGCCUCUCAUCUGAUAAACUUUACGAAGCUCGUUCCGUCGGCCGGGCGGCUUCGUGACUUUGCCGCGCCGGUCAUAGCGUCGAGCAUCCUUCUAGAUCAAUAUCCUCCCGAGAUGCAUCUCUUCCCACCUGCCGAGGUAUUCCACAAGCUGUAUGGCGCCAUCUGUCGACAAGUCGAAGAAGCUGCUGGCAGUGAGAGGGAUAGUGAGGACGGCAUACCAACCCUAAACUCAUUUUCAAAUUGUGUUCUUGCCAACAUGGAAGCUCUUUUCACACAGCUCGUUGAGGGUAGCACCGCCUUGUCCGUACACCAGGCCGUGUUCGCGAGAUAUGUGGAGGAGUGGCGUAGCAUCCGGAGCAAUCGGUCCUGCUUUACCUGUUUCGCAUCUACGCCGCAGUACUUUCUCUCGAGGUGCGGGCAUUCCAUCUGCGAGAAUUGCUUGAAGGUUUUUGGGCGGUCCGAGAGCUGGGACCCCUGGCUCUUUCAUCUCCGCAGAUGUAUGCUUUGCCAGGCGCCGGCUGAUCUGAUCGUACGAGUUCGGCCUCCGACGGCGGGUCACGCUAUCGUCUGCAUCGAUGGCGGAGGUGUCCGGGGAGUCAUUCCGGCAACCGUGCUCGAGUUGAUUGAGGACCGUGUAGGCCUCACGAUUCCCGUGCAAGAACACUUUAGCUUCGCAUACGGCGUAAGCGUUGGGGGCCUGGUAGUGUUAGGUCUGUACGACAGGGGCUGGUCGGCGGCGACCUGCGCCCGCAAACUAGAAUCGUUGGCAGCGGAAGCGUUUCGCAAUCCCGUUCCCGACCUUCUUUAUUUGUCCGUUGUCAUGAAGUGGAUUCCCGAUCUUUUUUAUUCGUUCGUCGUUAUAAAGUGGAUUCACCUUAUCUUGUUUGGAUGCUUAUACUCGGCGCGAGGGAUCGAGACUGCUCUAAAAAGGGUAUUCGGGGACAAGAAAAUGGCGAGCUUGUCGUACGCUACUACUGUAGGGACGAGAGUGGGCAUAUUAGCCGCAAGCGUUGAACAACCGUCGACGAACCUCUUUACUAACUACAACGGGGUCGGGGAUGCACGAGUUGGCUAUAUCGUACCGCGGGAUUGCGACGCAGUUAAGACUUGGGAAGUGGCACGGAGCACUUCUGCGGCCCCGAUGUUCUUCCCCCCCAAAAAUAUACCGGAGCUCGGGACUUUUCAGGACGGCGGUGUCCUACGAAAUAACCCCACCAUUGUGGGCCUUUCCGAGUUCUCGGCGCUCACUAAAGACGCCAGGCCAGACUUGAUCAUUAAUCUUGGAACCGGAUCGGAGCCUGAGCCCGAGGCCCGGAACGAGAGGCGGCUGCGAUUCUGGCGCGACGGCUGGCUGGCGCGGCUCGCGCGGGCGUAUAUGUCUCUCAUGCAGGGCCGGAGCACGUGGAACGAUGCCGCGUGUCUGGUGAAGAGGGAGUCGAGACACAUUGGCCACUAUCGUCUUGACGUCGCGCUCGAGGGCGAGAUUCGCCUUGACGACGUCUCGUCGAUGCCCUUGCUAAGAUCCGUGGUGCUUCGGGAUACGGCCUUGGGAGAGACUAUCGAGGAGAUCGCCCAGAGGCUUUUUGCCGCUCUCUUUUACUUUGAACUAACUGCCCUCCCUACGCCGGUAGACUCUCGGUUCCACAUCGAGGGACAGAUACUAUGUACGCGGAAGGCAGGGGACUCGGCAUUACCGCAGAUUUCACAACGGCUCAGCAGCUCUACGCUUUUUAUCAACAAAAAAGCGAUGAGAUUUAAAGUAAAAUAUGACACCUACGGGAAUAUUGUAGUGCCACUCGUCUUUUUUGCCGACCAAUCUUUCAGCUUGGAGAUUAAACAGGAUAGUUCGAGUUCACCGUUCCCCUUAAGUGGCUCUCCAUACAAUAAUCCUGCCCUGGUUUCGCGUGGUAGCCUAGCGGCGUCAUUUGGUACACGAUCUCAUAAGCGAAGACGGGCAGACGGUGAGUUGCGUGGACGGCCGUGUCGACGGAGAAGGCUCUUUUAA